ACCUCUUCGGUCAGCGGGUUCUCCGGGUAGCGUGAGGAAUGCCGCGUGCGCGCAGCCCUUUUAUGCCGGCCUCAGCUGUGCUGGAUGAAUUAAAUCCCCUCUCCAGGCGGAGCAGCAGGCCGAGAUGGUGGUAGCGUUCUAAACAAACCCAGAGAAGACGGUGGUAAAAUGAUUGUCAGUGUAAUGCAUUGCAGAUAAAUUCUUUAUUGUGAAGAGCAGGCUUCUGUUGUGGGGAUGGCAUUCCCUGUGGACCUGCUGGAUAACUACCGUCAUGAAGAUCUGGAGAGUUCUGCAGAAGAUUAUCUGUCUGACCUUAGGUGUGGGGAUCCAGAAAACCCAGAGUUCCUGUCUCUUGUCAAUAACGUCAAAGUUCCAAUUCGUUUAUCAACAGUAGGCUUUGUUCCUCUUUAUGGUGGUGAAGAGGGGCACAAAGUCCUGGCUUUGUUUGCGCCGGAGGAUUCACUUGCAGCUGUUGCUCUGUUCCUUGCUGAUCAGUGGUGGACUAUUGAUGAUAUUGUGAGAACAACUGUUCCUUCUAGAGAAGGACUUCGGCAGGUGAAGUCCAUUGGGGAGAGAGUGGUUCUUUAUGUGCUAAACAGAAUAAUUUAUCGCAAACAAGAAAUUGAGAAAAACGAGUUUCCAUUCCUCUGUCAUGGUAGCCAUGAUUAUGCUAAGAUUCUGUGGAAGAAAGGAGAGGCCGUUGGCUUUUAUUCUGUUAAGCUUCCAGGAAGCAUAUGUAGUGCCUUUCUUACCCAGAGCUACCAGCUUCCAGUCCUGGACACCAUGUUUGUAAGGAAGAAACAUAGAGGGAAAGAUUUUGGACUCCUGAUGCUUGAAGAUUUUGUAGAUUCUUUUACCGAAGACACACUUGGCCUGCGGUUCCCACUGACCUCUUUUAUGCAUGCGGCUUGCCAGAAGUACUUUGAAAGGUAUCCAGGGGAUCAUGACCUUCUAUGGGAAGUUGAAGGAGUAGGACAUUGGCACCAGAGAGCCCGUGUUGCUAGUAUAUUGCAAAGAGAAAGUUUCAAAUCCAUAGAAGGCUCACAACAAGAGACCAACAGUUCCCAGACAGAAGAGAACUUUCUGAAAACUGUGAUAGACCACAGCGUGCCAAAUGAACAAGCACCUGAGUUCCCUGAAACACAACCAAGUGUUGACUCUCAUAGAAACAAAGAUGGGUCAGAUGUAUGUGAAGGCACUUCUGAAGAACUUAAUGCUAUGCCACCUUCUACUCGAACACGAAGUAAUCAUCUGAAACGUCCCAAGUUGGGGAAGAGAAUCCAAGAAUCUGACAUUCCUGAAAGUGAAGAUGUAAAUGUUCUGCAAAUAUCAGAAAACAGACUGGAACCAAUUAUACGUGUGUCUGAAAGUUCAGAAGAGCUGAUAGAUGAGAUGGAAGAGAAUGUGACUGAACAUGAGCAAGAGACGUUUGUGGAAAAUCAAAAACUACCAGCAGAAGACACACCACAGCUAUGUUCUCCAUCUGAGAAGCAAGAUGACAAAGCGGAAACGGAUAUAGAGCCACUCAAUGGAGAACUAACGGAAGAUGCUAUCAAAGUGUCGAUAGUAACUGAAGGGGAAAUGGCAAGCGAAGAUGGAGAAUCAAAGCUGCAGUCCGAUAGUCCAGAGGAAACAACUUUAACCUUACUUGUUCCACUAAUCCUUGAUUCUUCAGUAAAAUCUGCUGAAGACAGUGAUGACAAUGUGUCAGAUAAGAGAGAGAGAGGUGGGCAAGGGCUUGACUCUGUGGGUGUGCUGCAGAAUAGGAUUGAUCAGGUUGAGAACAUGGCAGAUUUAGAAGUGCCACCACAAGAGGAACAACAAGCAACACAGAGGAAAAGGGCUCUGGUUCACAAUGCAGGCCUUCUCGCACCCACAGACAAGGAAGAGCCCUCCAAUAAUGGCCUUUCAAACUCUGUCACAACGGAGGCUCCAGAAGAUUCAAUUUCUGAGAACGUGUCGCCCAACACAACCUCUUCCCUAGAGGAGCAAAGUGAGGAGGGCGGGUCUGACUCGCCAGAGGCUGCUGUUGCUCUGGGCCAGGGUUCUCUGGUGAUGGUUGAACUGGAGGACAUCUCAUACCAGCAGCACACAGAGGGGCAAAAGAACCAACUGGAUGAACAGUCUGAAGAGUCGGCCGAGCCAGCAUCUGAGAGAGCAGCAGAUAGCAGUUCAGAGGAAGCGGAAAUCGAAGUACCCAUAGUAGACAGGCGGACCUUACGAAGAAAGGCCAAAGGAUACAAAGGGCCACCCAAGAAAAAAGGAAAGCUAAUUUAAAAACUGAGCUGUUGACACCCAGUUGGAACAAUUUACUGUUUGUUUUCUUUUUUUAAGUAAGCUAUUAAAAAACAAACAAACAAACAAAAAAACCUACACAAAACACCAGGACACACAUGUAUUCAGACACUGGAAUGGCGCCCUUUUUCCUGCUCAGUUACUCAUUUUGUGUUCUUGACCACUAUAUAAGGAGAUGCAAAUCGGGCCUGAAAGCAAAAGUCCAGUCUUGCUCAAUAAUAAAGUAGAGGAACCAACUUAGCAUAGUAUGUUGUUAGGCGUAACAACCUUUCAUCACCCACAUUAGAGGUGUUUAAAGAAGCCAAACGCAUUUCAUCUGGCGUUGCAAUUAUAAAGCCCUCUGGUGUGGCUCUUGAUUUGCAAGCCAUUAUAUACAAUAAUUAUCCCUCUAGAAGUGGACUGAGUGAUAGCCAUCGUUGAAUAUAUAUUUAUUGUGUGUCAUGGACAUCAAUGGUAUCUCAGCCUAACAUAUCAUUCAUCGACAUGCUGUGGAGGGAUUAAACACACUCCCUGUCCUUGAUGAAUGAUAACUUCACAGAGUUUUACCAGGGACAGAAGCUAUAAUUAUAGUUAUUUUCAAAACCCAAUAUAAUUAAAUUAUUUGAAUGAAAAAGUAAACUUUAACCCCAUUUUUUGCAAAAACAAAAAUACAAAAUAAAAGUAUUUGUGCUUAGUUGUGAGCACCUCACCUUUCCACAUUACUACUUCUGUUCUUCAUAGCUGCUACAUUCAAGCAGCAAAAUAAAGGUAUUGGUGCUUAGAUGGGUGCGUCCUUCCACUUCAGUUCUUCAUGGCUACUCCAUUCCAAGAAUUCCCCCAAACAACUCUAUAUGCUCCCAAGUAAGGAUCAGUUAAUUCAUGGUUUAUGCUAGACAUCCGGUUCUCUCACCUAUGAAUAAAGUGGAUAGCUUAUUUCUUUGCACAGAUGAAUCUCCUAAUAUAAUGGCUAGAAAAUUGGGCAUAAUUUAAACAAAUAAUGAGUGAUGGGCACAGAUAAGAACUUCAGAUUUGUAUGGUUACAUAUUUUCUAAGUAGCAGCAAUUAGCAAGGUUCAUGAAGAAUGUCUUAAAUAGUGUUAACUUCUUCUUUUUAGUGUAUAUUACUAAAAAGGUUCACUUGGAUAGCUUUCAAAGAUUUUAUUUUAAUCUGCUAAGAACCAGUCUGCUUUGGCUUUUUGGUUUGUACAAACUUUCUGAUAUUUUCUAAUAGCGAAGUUGAUAAGGGACUGCUUUUUAAAAACUCUUUGGUUGUCUUGGAGGGAGGAAAGUGCUGCUCAUUUUUCAAAAGGCAUGUCAUAAGAAGCUUUGGAUUUGAAGUGUAUGGAAUUGUCGAGUUGUCUAGAUUUUCCAAAAUGUUGCACUUCCCCCCCACCAAUGUACAUUGUAUAUUGUGGAUGAAGAGUGGAAAACUGUGAGUUGUUUAUAAGAAAAAAGUAUUCAAGUGAACCUUCAGCAUUUCUAAAUUGAUUAAACACUUUCUACAAAGUGCAUAACAACCAGUUAUGAAUACCUGUAGCUUAUCUCUUGUAGUACUGAGAAUCCCCACCCCCACUUUUGUAAAAUAAGACACCUUGACAAUUUAAAAAGUCUACAGUUUUUGCUAUAUCAUUAGGACUGGAAUUUUUGAGAGGGUUAGAUUGAAAAGAUUUUGUGUACAGUGUUUUAACAAUAUAGGAUAUGGAUGUUAGGUGUAUUUGGGCUAAGCUUUAAUAAAGAGUAAAUAUUUCAUGGGACUUCGAUUCGUGUUCUGUAAAUUAAAACUACAUUUUGUGGGGUGACUCAAGUUUGUAUUCCUAUGAUGGCUUCUGGAUUGGUGAUCCUAAUACUACAUUGUGUUUAAAUCUGUGUUUUUCUCAAGUCAUGUGUCUGUCUUGCUGCAUUUAAUACCACAGAACUUUGUGAGUAGAGUCGAUUCACCUGUAACUUGAAUUUGACUAUUCAGUACUGGCAUCUCAUUUCAGGAUUUGUUCCUUCACUAAGAGUUCAGUGUCUCAAUUCUUCUAGGGGUUUGUACUAUAGUGAUGUCUAUAAACACCAGUAACUCCAGGAGCAGUUUGUCUGUAUAAACUGGGAUAAUUCACAUGGAAGUUAUAGGAGAAGGACUUUGUAGUCAGGAAAAACCUAAACAUGUGAGUUGUUCUAGUUCACAUGCAUUUCAUCCAAAUCAGAACGUGCCUCAAAUCAUGUUUUGUCUACAAAAAUGUAACCUCUGACCCUCAAUGAAGCCGAGAAGUGUUAAAGUAAAUACUGAUCUAUAAGCUACGAAGAUCCGUAUUACUGAUAUGUGUAGCUUGCAAAAUGUAAGGUUUAUUGCUGGAUGAUGUUACUCCAAUUAAAUAUUUGUUCUUAUUCACUA